AUGCUGGAAGGUCAGCUCUACUCGGAGGGGCUGGACAGCCCCAGGGAGCUGCAGGAUGGGGAGUCUGGCAGCUGCCUCUGGGUGCAGAAAUCCAAGCUGCUGGUGAUCCAAGUGAAGACCGUUUCCUGUCAUUACAGUCGCCGGGGCGCGCCUCCUCGACAGCCCAUGGACUUCCAGACCAGCCCCUGGGCCCCGAGGCCCCAGAGCCGAACGUGCGGGCCGCGUCCGGGAUCCCCCGAGCCGCCGCCGCCGCCCCGCCGGCCCUGGGCGUCCAGGGUGCUGCAGGAGGCGACCAACUGGCGGGCGGGGCCCCCGGCCGAGGCUCGAGCGCGGGAGCAGGAGAAAAGGAAGGCGGCGUCGCACGAGCGGGAGGCCAAGGAGACCGAGAGGAAGCGGCGCAAGGCCGGAGGGGCCCGAAGGAGCCCCCCCGGCCGGCCGCGCCCGGAGCCCCAGAGCGCGCCCAGGCCGGCCCCGGCCCCGUCGUGGCGGGAGCGGCCGGUGCGGCCAGCCGCGCAGCCGGCCGGCCAGGCGGGGCCGGCGUGGGCGGGGCCCUGGGGCGGCCGGCGGCCGGGGCCCCCCAGCUACGAGGCGCACCUGCUGCUGCGGGGCGCGGCCGCCCCGACCCCGCGCCUCCGCUGGGACCGCCCGCCGCCGUACGUGGCGCCCCCGUCCUACGAAGGCCCGCACCGGACCCUGGGCGCCCGGCGCGGCCCCGAGCCCGAGCCCGAGCCCGAGCCCAAGCCCGCGCCGGCCGGGAGCGCGCGCGCGGGCGGGUGCGCCGGGAAGAGGCUGGACCCCCGCAUCUACCGCGACGUGCUGGGCGCCUGGGGGCUCCGGCCCGGGCGCGGCCUGCUGGGGGGCGCCCCCGGCUACGCACCGGCGAGGCCGCCGCGGCUCCACUCGGACCGGGACGCCUCGGAGAAGAGCCCGGGGCUGCCGGCGGCCGGCCCGAGCGGCGGUCGCGACGGUCCCCACCGGCCGGCCCGAGCCGCGGGGCACCCCACGUCGGAGCCGGCGCCCGCCACGCCCCCCCGACGCCCGCGCCCCGCUCCGCGCUCGCGGCCCCACCUGGGCGGCUCCGGCUCGGGGGCGGGCCCAGAAAGCGGCGAGCCCAGCCGGCCGCGCCGGGGCUGGAUUCCGUCCCCCCGAAGGCCGCCGCCUCGGCACAGCCAGACGCUGCCCAGGCCCUGGGCCCCCGGCGGCACGGGGCGGCGAGAGCCCCCGGGACAGGGAGACGGCGCCGGCCCCGAGACUCUGGUGGGCGCCCCGUGGGCCCGCCGGCCCCACACCUUCCCCCGAGGGGCUCGGGGCCCCGCCGGCCGCGACGGCGUCUUCGUGAUCGACGCCACGCGCGUGGUGAUCCGCUCGCAGUACGUGGCCACCCCGGGAGCGCCGCAGGGGCCGCUGUUACCUGCGGGGGGCCGGGGCGCCCCCGACGCGGAGGGCGGCCCGCAGACCCAACUCCAUCACCCCUUGCCUGCCGAGACCAGUCGAGAGCCGCGGCCGAGCGACCGCCUGGCCCCCCAGCCCGACGGCGAGCGCGGGGUCGAAGCGGAGGGCGGCGGGACGCCGGGGGACCCCUCGUUAGAAGAGCCUGCCGCCCGGAUCUUGGGGCUCCGGGCCGGCGAAGGAAGCCCGAAGGAUGCCGCUCCCACGCCGCCGGGCAGCCCGGAGCGCUCGGCGUCAGGCCCGGCGGCCGCGGGGACUGCGGGGAGCGCCGAGGGGAACGUGCCGGCGGCCAUCCCGCGCCUGGCUAGCCGGGGCUGGCCGCGGACCCCGGGGCCCUACGCUGGGGCCCUGCGGGAAGCCGUGUCCCGCAUCCGCCGCCACACCGCGCCGGACUCGGACUCGGACGAAGCUGCGGGGCUCAGCCUGCAAAGCGACUCUUCGGAGGAAAGCGACGCCGAAGCCUCCGGCGCCUCCUGGCGGAAUGAGCGGCCGCUGCCGAGGGCUGGACUCUCGGCCCCAGCCCGGAAAGGCGGCAAGACUGACUGAGACU